AUGACCAGUGAAACUCCACAACGUUUCUGGCUCAUCACCUAUCCGCGUACAGCAUCGAACCUGCUCAACCGGAUACUCGCUCUGGAUGAACAACCAAACGUGCUGUCAUGCCACGAUGGAGGGUACUUUUUUAGAAUACCAUACAGGCUUAUGACUGACCUCAAACUUGGCUGGCUCCCACAGACUGAAUGGCCGCAGGAGGCGAGGGACCAGUUAAGGAAGAGCUACCAAAAGCGUUUCAACGACCUCGUCGAGCACCUUAACCAGGGCACAGCGCAAGGUAAAAUUACCUUCUUCAAGGAACAUCUCUACUUUAUCCUCGACCCGACGGUUCGGUCUCGGUUUCUCUUUGGCGUCGACAGUGUAGCCGAGCAAGGCUGGAAAAUGGCAUGGCCCUCAUCACACAGCAUUCAUGGGUCACACAGUACAACGGAUCUGGGACUAAAUGACACGUUGCUCCCGGACGAUAUCUUGGAAACACUUUCGCCUGUCUUCCUCAUUAGGCACCCCGCCCUAGCCUUUCCGUGUCUCCUCCGGGCGUACAGGGACUUGCACGGAGUCGAAGCAUCCCGGUCCAAACAUGGGGACCUUGAAUUCAAUACGGUCAUGACCCUGCGAUGGACGCGAAGGCUGUACGAGAGGUAUGUCUUAACCCGGGAAGGGUGCAGAUACUAUGUGGACAACGCCAGCAUGGACCGUCCGAUCAUUUUGGAUGCAGACGACGUCAUCACAAACCCAGAAGUCCUUGUCCGGUUUUGCAAGCUUGUCGGUCUGGAUGCCUCCAGACUACGGUUUACGUGGGAGUCGAUCAAGCCCGAGGUGGUCUUCGCUACAGACGAGCUGAGAAUCAAACAGCGCAUGUGGUCAACCCUGCUGACCUCUGAGGGUAUUUUGAGCGGCAAGACGUCCCAUGGGUUGGAUAUGGACCGCGAAACGCGCCGAUGGAAAGACGAGUUUGGUGAGAGUGAUGCAUCCAAGUUGGAGCACCGGGUGCGAGCAGCUAUGGAAGAUUACGACUAUCUGAAAGCAAGACGGCUGCAAACAAUUUAG